CCCUGCCCCGAGCUCCCCCCACGCCACCUCAUCGACAGCCCUCCACAUACCAUGGCCAGCUCCGCCCCUGCCAAGGCGUCUGCCUCUGCUGUAAUGUCGCACUUCCGCUUUGCCCUUGGCCAGCGUGCGGCCGCGGCGUCGGCCAGCGCCCCAACCCCAGCCUUGGCCGGCUUCGGUGGAAAUGCCGCGCGCACCGGUGUCCUCCAUUUCGGCCAGCGGUCCUUUCCCACGCCGCUGGCUUUCCUGUCGGCUCCGCGCGGUCAUCCGACGCACCUGACCCCAGACCAUGCCGCCACCCUCUUCGACCAGGCCGAUGGUCAUGGUCUCGCCUUCAACCUUGAAACCGACUAUCUGAUGGGGUCUCUGAUCCCUCUGCUCCGGCACAGCAGCACCGGCAAGGUCAAGCGCUCGGACACCUCGGCCGCCGUGACCACUUCCCUCCCGAGCGAUGGUGAUGUGGCGCUGCUGCCGAAUCUGCGAUCUUUCCUCGGCUUGUCGCCCGACACCUUGGUGUUCUCCUCGCCGCGCAUGGUCUUCCCCGGGGCCCCAGGCGUUGGCCAGAAGACUGCCGGCAACACCGAUGACACCAUCCUCUUUGAGAGCCGAUACGGCCGCCGGGGGGCCAACCUCCAGCAGUUCAUCCAGAUGGUGGAUCUCAUGUACUCGGACCGGACCCCCCCCGCCGGCCCGGAAGCCGGGCGUCUCCUGCCGGUGGAGUUGCCGCAGGCCGGCUCGCCCACCCUGCUGAUGGCCUUGGCCGACCUGCCGCCGGCGCUGGCCGGCGCGCGCCGGUCCCUCCGUGCGGCCGAGCGCAAUGUGGCCUUCAUGGAUGGGCUGUUGAGCCAUUAUCAGAAGACCGGCGGGGUGCAGCCGGUGCGCGGGGCCUCCGACUCGCCGGACCCCAGUCCGGCGGUCCUGCCGGCUCUCUUCGCCCCGAUCAUCGGCCCACACCCGGCGGCCGCGCGGCACGGCGCCAACUAUGUGGCAUCCGUUGUGGCUCGCCAGGGCAUCGCCAAUGGCGAGGGAGAUGUCGCGGUCGGGGCGCCGGAGUCUUCCGGCUUCAGCCCCUCCUCCGUGCUCGGGGGCGUGGUGUUGGUGGGCUUCGACUUGACGAAGCCCCAGCAGCGACGCCUGGUGCGUGAGGUGCUGCGCACGGUCCCCGGGCACUUGCCGCGUGCGAUUCUGGUUGGCUCGUCCGCCGGGGCCGGCACCCCGGAGGAGGCCCUGGCCGCGGUGCGCCUCGGUGCCGAUCUGGUCCUCGAUGCCGGGGCGGCGGCCGUGCGCGAUGCCUCCGACGGCCGGGCUUGGUCGCUGUCUCACGGGGCCCUGGCGGAGGCCUUCCUCGGCGCCGAGGAGAUCGACGAGUCCGAGCUCGACCACCUGCGCCAGGAGCGCCAGCUGUUCACCGACAAUGAGGCGGCCAUUCGUCGGGCGGCCGAGGAGGCCGAUCGCGAGCGGGCCGAGGCAACUGCCCUGGCCGAGGCCGAGGGGCGCGCGACCCCCGGGCCGGCUGGCCCGCCGCGUGCUCGUCAUGAUGCUCCGCCCACGCAGCCCGACGACCUGGACCGACGCCUGGCCCGGGUGGCUGACAUGCUGGCGGGCAGCCAGCGCCAGGUGAACCUCUGGGAUCGCGAGCACGCCAUGGCCAAGGGCCCCUUCGUGAAAGGGUGCCCGUGCUUCGCCUGUGCGCGCCACACCCGCUCAUACACGCACCAUCUGCUCAACACUCAGGAGCUGUUGGGGCCGUUGCUGCUCAGCAUUCACAAUUCCCACCAGGCGCUUGGGCUUUUCCGUGAAGUGCGCCAGGUACUGGCUCGGCUGGCUGGCCCGAGCAGCAAGCGCCUGCGCACCGGCACCGAUGCCGAUGACGCCUCGCCCAAGCGCCCGCGCGUGGAGUAAGUACGCGCCCCGGCCCCGCUUCCAUUUCGACCCUCUCCUCGCCCCGACUGCGCGCCCGGCGCCAUUGGGGCACCCCUUGCUUUGUUUUUUUUUUUUUCCCCCAGCCUCUUGGAAAUCCCUCCUGUUGCCCUUCCCCCCUCAGCACAUAAUAGACCUUCUUGCAUUGGAACA